GCCCUAAAUGCCGCGGUGAAGCUGUCUCCUUCUCCACAGCUACCGCGACUGCGGCGUUUUCCUUGGCGAAAGGCGGGACCAGCGUUGGCAUCUUCCUCCGUCGAGCUCUUAUCACUGCGGCGUUUUACUCGGCGAACGGUGCAUGCUGCGGCUUCCUCUCCGUCGGCGAACGGUGACAGCGCCCGGUAUCUCUAUCUUAGUCCUCCUCCUCCUCCUUGGCCGUCGCACAAUCCCUUCUCCUCCCUCCUCCUCCCUCUUCCCCCUUUCGGCGCAGCUCUCCCGCUUCCCCGACACCAUCCUCCUCCUCCCUCCUCCCUCUUUCACCCGGUCAGCGCAGCCCCCCGCCCCUCUCUCCCGCUUUCGUCGCAAGCUCGCCCCCUUCCCCGGCACCAUCCUUCUCCUCCUUCCUCCCUCUUCCCUCUUCCCCCCAAUUUUUCUUCGUUUUUCUUCCUCGACACCAUCCUCGCCCUCCCUUCUCGUUCCUCCUCCCUCCUCCCUCUUCCCCCUGUUCAUCGCAGUCCCUCGACCCCUCGCCUCGUCGCAACCCCCUUCGCAGGCCCCUUCUUCCUCUUCCCCUCCUCGUCGCUGCUCCCAGACCACAGCCCCGUCUUCUUCCUCCUCCUCACUCCUCCUUUCUGUAUUUGUGACUGCUGUAAUUUUGAAUUGUUAAUUUUGAUGUUAAUUUUGAAUUAUUAUUUUUUACUAUAAUUUUGAAAAAUGUCAUUUUUGAUGUUAAUCUUCUUUUUUUAGUUAUCUUAUUAUUAGAUUCGGAUAAUUUAGCACUUUAAUGGUUUCUCGAUAGUUAAAUAAAUGUAAUUUGAUAUUUAGUGGUGACGAUUUGAAUAUGAAAUUAGGUGAAACUCAUUUUGUCUAAUUUUUAUUUUAAUGGCUAGCUUUUUUGUUAAUUAUAUUUUUUAUUAUUUUAUAUUGGCUAGUUCUUUGCCGAGCUUGGGCGAGCGCCUUUAACGAUACUGUCUUGAACAUUGGUACAGUAGCAUGAAACAAGUGAUCUUUUUUACAUACUCAUUUCCUGAUCAUUGUAACCCAUUAAGGAGCCUAUAAAAAAUAAUUUUGAUAUAUUACUUUAGAUUGACGUAACUUGAUUGUAGUUAGAUACUGUGGUCAAAUAUGGUGCUUAGUUUUUGGAAUUUCUUAUUGUACAAUAUCUCCAAUGAUGUUUUUUUUUUUUGACAACUGACAAUUAAUUUCUGGUUCUUGGAUAUCAGCUGGUUCACUGACCUCAGAUUGUGAGUUUUAUCAGUCUCAGAUGUUCAAUGUUCUGAAAAUGCGUGCAUGUCAUGUACGAGAAUUUACUUUGGGGAAAUAGCAAGCUACAAGUUGAAUAAUGUUGAUAAGAUAGACAGCAGGAGAAGUGCUACUUUUAACGAGAGCAAAGAGAAUUGGACAGUCUUUUGCAGAAAAAAAAUGCAUGGAGAAGAUAGAACAAGAGAUAGCAGAGAUGGUAAAUGGGUCACUGGUCAAGGAAAAUUAUAUUCUUUUGUCCAUAGAAUCAUGUAUACGUCUGACAAUUCCACAUCCGUUUUACUUAUAUAUAAAUGUGUUAUUUGAAGCCAUUAUUUCAGCGGUGGAGAAUUGCUUGGAUGAGCGUGAGAUUGAGUAACUAAUUAUAGUUACUCUUUAUCAACUCGCAGACACCAUUUAGAGACUUAUCUCUUAAAGAAAUGGCUGAUUGGAACUGAAUGAUUGUGUAUUAACAUGAGUUCUAGAGGACUGUUGUCUGAGACAGAUUAUUAGUUGAAAGUUUUCAACAUCCUUGAUUUGAGGCAAAGGAGGAAUUUGGAUUGGAGAGGGCAGAAAUAAGACUACUUUUCUUUUUAUUUUUCUGCAAACAGUACGUUAUACUGCCUCAAAAGACAAUGUUUUUGGUGCAGAAGAGGCUCUUUUGCCUUCUCUCAUGUAACAAGUCCUCCAUCCAUCUUUCCUCCUAUCAAUUCUGCAGUCUGUUUUCAAAUCAUAGAUCCGAAUUUAUGUUGGUCGAACCCCUUGAGUCAUGUGAACCUUCCUCAAAAGAGGCUGCAAAAAUGGCCAAGGAUCGCAUCUGUGAAAAAAAACUUCCAAUUUCAAGUCCUUCCAUUGAGUUCUUUAAGCAGAGCGGUUGGAGUGAUGCACAAGUCACGAAGCUUAUCAAGAGGGCACCCAAUUUGCUGAAUGCUAAUGUAGAGACUGCCCUGAAGCCCAGGAUGAGACGUUUGCAGGACAUGGGAUUUUCUGACUCUGAAAUAGUUCAGCUAGUUUCAUCAUGUCCGUGUGUGCUCAUUUUACGUGACAUCGAACCGAGGAUCAACUUCUGGAGGUCACGAUUAGGUUCGAAUGAGAGGCUUCUGAAAGCCUGCAAGAAGAACAUGUUUAUUCUUAGUUUUAGCUUGGCUCGGAAUAUAGAACCCAGUAUCUCUCUCUUGAGGGAACAUGGCAUCAGUGACGAGCGUAUUGCGCAUAUGGUGUUGACAGUGCCUGGCUGUUUUUGUGGAAUAGACAAAUUAAAGGAGGUUAUCAAAUAUACUGAGGAAUUGGGUAUCCCACGUGACUCUGGACUAUAUACGUAUGCACUUCAUGUAGUCAUGAGCAGGAAGAGAUCUAGUUUUGAUGCUACCAGUGCGACUCUGAUGAGCUUUGGGUGUUCCCAGCCUGACAUUGUUGCUGUAUUCAGGAAGUGCCCAUACGUUUGGACAUUCUCGAAGAAGACCAUAUGUGACAAGAUGACUUUCCUGAUGAAGGAAGUUGGUUUUGAGCUGAAAUCUAUCAUUCGCUGUCCCGUGAUUCUUACUUGUAGCUUGGAGAAGAGGCUGAGACCUCGAUAUGAGGUUUUGAAUUUUCUUAAGCGGAAUAAAUUGCUGGAUGAAGGACAUAAUCUGCUAUCCGUCAUACAACUAACCGAGGAGAAGUUCAUUAAGAAAUAUCUUUUCCAGCACAAGGAGAAAUUUACUUCUCUCUAUGAUUCCUAUCUUGCUGCUGUGCAGGGAAAGCCAUAUGUUGUUACUUGAAAUUGAAACUUUAUAUUAAAAAGAUCAAGUUCAUACUGACGGCACUA